AUGGCUUCAUUACGCCCGUCUGCUUCCUCUCGUGCUCUCUUGGUGGAGAUCCAGUCUACUGCUGGGCUCCGUGCGACUAAGAAACGGCCGCAAAGCGACCACAGGCUGCAACGUAGCCCGCUUCAACGUCGCCACCGCUGUCACCGCCACUACCGUCACCUCCAUCGUCGCCGUCGGCUGUUGGUUCUCCUGCGGCUUCGCCUGCUUCUGUUCUGUCGGCUGGUUCUCACCGUCUCCGUUGAACACCGCGCCAUCAUCACCUCUGGACGACGCUUCGGUGGCGUCGGACGUGUCUGGCGAGUCGAUUAUAAACCACCUGAAGGAACUGCAUUGUGGUCCGCUUUUCGGCAGCUCAAGCGAAAAGUUAGAGGAGGACGACUCGGAGGGUCUGCGCGCGGCACGUCCGCCAUCCCCCCUCCAUCAGCGAGUGGUCUGUUUGAUGGUGACAGCGAUGAGGAGACCGAGCCUGUUGGUGGACUCAAUCGCCUGAGGCGUAGUACCGACUCUGGUGACUGGCACCCGUACGCCUUGCCUCCUGUCCCGGCGAAGCAUCCUGCGAAUGGCCGUACCGAUCACUACGAUCCAUCAGCACCUUCCGAUUACUCCGUUCCAGUCAACGUUGAGCAGCUGCAUAACGCUCGUGGCGAAUAUCCGCAUCGGUGCUUUCUCGUGGAAUGGCAAGUUACGCCGCUUCAGUUGGAUCUGAGCCCUGGUGUAUUCGCCAAUUAUUACAAGAAGUAUUUCGCGUGUCGUGACCAGGCUUCUCCUGCUGCUUCAUGGACGCGUUUCGAGCGGCGCUUUAUCUCCUUGGUGACCCUGGUCUUGCAUCCACGGCUACUAAACUAUGAGUGGACUUUGAGCGUGAACAUCCAGGCACUGUCGACGGAGUUUUUCAGUUCAUUUGAUGCUUCAUACACGAAUGUGGAACGGUUCCAGACGUUUGUUCAAACACUGCGUGAGGGAGUGUAUCUCACGAGUAUUGGUGAUGGCCUCGUCGGACACUGCGUUGUUAUUCGCGCGAGGGGUCCAGAUACAGCCGUCUCUGUACUGGAUGGAGUCGAACCGCCUGUGACCCCGGAACCUUUGACAAACUUGGAGCGUCUCGACAAGGUCAAGUGGAUGGGAUUGAUGAAGCUGAAUCCAGGGUACCGUUGCCGCCGCGGCAAAUGCAAUGCCAAAUCGAAUGAAAGCUCGCAGCGAGAAAAAGCAGCGGAAGUUGUAGGGGGUGUAAUGCGGGAAUACAUGUAG